CAUUCCAGGCCUGCAGAGAUUGGGUAUUCCCACCCUUUCCGCCAUUGGCCCCACGUAGCCAAGCCAUGUUGCAAUGCGUCUCGGCAGUGUCCGACAGGUUCAGCAGCCUAUCUGGGACACAGAGCUAUCAGUUCCUCAUGCUGGGUCUGGAGGGCGCAGGGAAGACCACCUUCCUGUACAAGUUGAAGAUCAACGGGUACAAGAAGGCUGACGUCACCCAGGACAUGGUCUACCUUAAGGCCGCCAAACAAGACCCUGGGUACCACUUCGAGGAGCUCAGUAGUCCCACCAUCGGGCAGUACAGCAUCUGGGAAGUGCCUGGCAAUGACGUGAUGCGACCCCUGUGGCCGAUGUUCUACAGGUAUCUUCGGAUUCAUGGGGUCUUCUUUGUGGUGGACGCCUUCUCAGAGCAGUGCUUUGACCUGGACAAGGAGAAUUUUCGGAAGCUCAGCAAGGCGCGCGAUGCUUUGUUUCAGCUCGUGAAUGAGGACGAGCUGCGGGUCUCCGUCUUCUUCUUGGUUCUCAAUGUGAAGCGCAGCACGGAAGAUGCGGCGCGGAAGGAAGAGGAGGAACAGGAGGAGAAUGCUCUCUUCGAGAUGUUGGGCGUGCCAGAGAUUGAGCAAAUGGCUCACAUGAAGACCCGCUUUCGGAAGGUGGUCUUGAACUGUGCCAACAUCAGCCGCAAAGAUAGCAACUGGGAGAACAUCCUCAAGGACUUCCGAAAGAUGCAAGUGCAAAUCCAAUCUCAGAUAGGUGGCUGACGGCCGCAGGCAGCGCCCGGCUGCGACAGCGCAGGCAGUUUCACUCCUUUGGUAGCUCGGCCUCGGCAGAA